AUGAGGCUGCCCGUGGAGCUGACCAGCAGUGCGAUGCAGACCCUCCAUCUCCAGCAUCGCUGCCGGGGCGGCUACCGGCGCAAAGCCCGGGCAUCUUACGUGGACGAGAGCCUCUUUGGUGACCCUACAAGUCUCCGGCCUGCUCCCCCGGAUUUUGACCCUCCCUGGGUGGAAGAGACCAGCAGGACCAGGGGAGUGAGCCCAGGGCCAUUGCAGGCCACAAGGGCCACUGAGAACUGUGCGAGCACUCUGCCCAGGGACAGCACCCCAGCUCUCACACCCAGGAAGAAGAACAAGUACAGGUUGAUCGGCCAUACUCCCUCUUACUGUGACGAGUCGCUCUUUGGCCCCCGACCUGAAGCCGCGGGCUGGGAGUCCCCAUGGAUGGCAAAGGGCAAUGCUGUGAAACUCCAUGCUCUCUUCUGGACGCCUCCCGCCACUCCCAGGGGCAGCCAGUCACCCCAGCCCAGGGAGACCCCACUUCGAGCUGUCCACCCUGCUGGCCCUUCGCAGGCAGAGCCUGAGGCGGCUGCUGGCUCCCAGCGGCCGCCUCAGGCUGCAUCGGACCCUCCAGUCCCUCUGCCACAGAGGCGUUCCCGGUCCCUUACUCACCUGAACAACUCCCGCACCCCUAACCCACCCUCAGGUGCCCCCCAUGCCAACGGGCCCAGGGACCCCAGGCCUUCCCCAUUGGGGGUGACCUUCCGGAGCCCCCUGGUGACUCCCAGGGCUCAGUCCAUCAGUGUGUCAGUGCCAGCAACCCCUCGAUGCAGUAGGGCCCCCCAGAAACCAAAGCCCCCUUGGAAAUGA